AUGACUUCAACAGAGUCAGUGUCGUUCUAUGAUUUGCAUGUUUUAAGGUUAGACAAUCUCAAAACCAGUAUUAUACUUGCUGCAAGUGGUUGGUUACUAUUCCAGCUUGUGGGGUGUAUUCGUAAUGUCUACUUCCACCCGCUCUCCAAGUUCCCUGGCCCGCGAACGGCGGCAGCCUCAAGUUGGUGGUCGGCAUACCAGCAGACUAUCGCGAACAGAUCAAUGCACCACAUAUGCAAAAAGCUCCAUGCACAAUACGGUGACAUUAUCAGAAUUGGACCGAACAGGCUUCACUUCAAUCAUCCCGAUAGCUAUGAGGAGAUAUACCGCAAGCGCUUCGAUAAAGACCCUUUCAUGUAUGCGCUCUUGGGUGGUGAUGGCUCCACAGUCACAUAUGUGAAAUACCAUGACAAUAAAAACCGAAAAGAUAUACUCCAUCCUUUUUUCUCAAAGAGCUCCGUCCACGCCCGGGAAGAGCUGAUUCAAGCCAAUAUAGAGAUGUUUUGCUCCCUCCUGACCAGACACCACGAGAAGGGAGUGUCUGCCAACAUGCGUCGCGGCUUCCGUUGCAUCAGCCUUGAAACCAUCACCACUAUGUGUUUUGGCAAGUCGUUGGCGUGCUUUGAGUUUGAGGAUUUCCAUUGUCCAAUCCUCGAGUCCAUGGACAUGGUUGUGUCGUGGUUCAUGGUGUUCAAACACUAUUGGGUCGUACGACACCUGAUUCUGUAUAUUCCCGAAUGGGUUGGACUUGCAUUCUUCAAAAAAGGCCUGGCGUUGGCACACUUGAAAAAUAUGCUCGCUGAACAAAUUGACGAACUUGCGGUUGGCUCAGACAAGCCCACCCAAAACCAGUUCCCAACCAUCUACGGGGCCCUUUUGGACCCUGCACAAUACAGCAAGAGCAAGCCUCCGCCGUCACGCGCUUCGCUUCUUGAAGAAGCUAUUGCCCUUGUGAUCGCCGGUACGGACACGAUUGGAGCCACCAUGACCAUGUGCACCUAUCAGCUAUGCAAGUAUCCGGAGAAGGUCGCGAGGCUCAAGGCAGAGUUGAGGGCGGCGUGGCCAGAUCUAAAGAGCCCAGUACCAAACGUGCAGAAGCUGGAGAAGUUGCCUUAUCUUACAGCAGUGAUCAAGGAAGCGCUGCGUAUGGCGCCGACAACAACAUCAGAGCUUUCGAGAAUGGUCUCGCCACAAGGUGCAGAGAUUGGUGGAGAAGUGAUCCCGGGAGGCACUAUCGUAAGCAUGGGAGUACUGUUUACUAUGCAACAUCCCUACGCAUACGAGCUUCCAGAACUUUUCAUCCCGGAGCGCUGGCUAGAAGAGGGCGAAGACGCCAAGAGAAGAUUGGAUCGGUACUUUGUUCCAUUCUCAAAAGGGCCUCGCAGCUGCAUCGGUAUCAACUUCGCAUGGUGUGAGAUGUACCUGACACUUGCGAAUCUAUUCCGUCGAUUCGAUCUAAGCGUGGAUGGCACGAAGGAUGAAGACUUCGAUUGGUUUGAUGCGGGUGUGGCGCUAUUCAAGGGCUCGCUGAAGUGUCAUGUUACACCAGUGACGGAGUGA